GUAUUAUAUAAAUUUGCCUGCAGGUCAUCACUGCUUCAGCCUUCUUUCCUCUCCCCAUCAACUUUCCAGGAAGUUCAGUGUGAUGCGAUCGAAUGUGAAUUCAAAAGCAACGAGUACGAAUCUUGUGGAGAACUUACCCCGUGCGCCAAUAUAACAAUUAUGGUCAACGGGAAUAACGUAAAUUCAACUUCGAACGUUAUGACAGCACCAGCAUCGAAAGUCACAGUCGCGACCAAGAUCAUAGACAACUAUCUCGUUGUGUUAUGGAAAGAAACCUCGGAAACUUCUCAUACGAAGUGCCAUAAUUCCACUGAAGUUGAAGUGACCUUCGCCAGAACGGGAACCGUUACACAAAUCAAAGGCAGCCAAGUGGACCGCGUUCUGUUCCCCAUGUCUCAGUGCGAUCUUGGGGAUGGGGAAGUACGCGUCAUGUCCUUAGGCGGCAACGGAUCGAGUGAGCCGAGGAAAGCCAACUUCACUUUCGAAGAUAGUGCUCUUGUCACUCCCAUUGUGGGAUCACUGGAACUAAACGCCACAUGCGACACCAUAGAAGCAACCUGGGAGUUGAUUGACUGGUGUCCUUACCUCGCCUGGUUUAGGGUCACAUUAGAGCCCUUGGGGAUGGUCCAAACCACGCUAGAUUUUAACGAUACCAGCACCGUUUUCGAAGGUCUCGACGCUGGCACUAACUACAAAGUGUGCGUCCAGCCGGUAGAUAGCAAUAGCGUUGAGCUUGCCUUGAUCAUCUGCAGCACCACAAACACAAUCAUUCCUGCCGUGGAAGACAUUCUAGCUGAAGCGGUAAAUCACACAGCGAUUCAAAUUUCCUGGUCCCCUAGUGAAUGUAACAUGUCUGAGCCUCUACGUUAUGAAAUUGAAGUUGUUACCUGCAAUAAUCUCACGAAUGAAACUUGUACAGGAAAAACGUUUGUAGAGUCGACUACAGAGCUGAACUACACACAAACCGGGCUAGAACCCUAUACCCUAUAUCAUGUAUCUGUGAUUGCCAUAUAUUCAAGUGACUCCAGUUACCAAGCCGACGAUUUUGUCAUCACUCUCCCUACGGCCCCUUAUGACCUCCAGGCAUUCCUUCAAGACUCCUCGACUAUCUAUGUUUCGUGGGAUUACCUUGAUGAUCUAACAGAAAAUCAAACGUACGACAUCAGUUGGAAGCUAGAAGACUCCGACGUGAUAUACAGCGACAGCACAACGUUGAAAGAGUACGUCAUCAAAGGAUACAACGGAACAGGGACGACUCUCCUGUGCGUCAGCGUUACCCUAGAUGUGACAACGAGCCUUCCGGAAUGUAAUGAAUUCCAGCUCUACUAUCUAGAAGAUGAUUUCGGACUGAUUCUUGGACUGAUGUUGGGUAUCCCCCUCAUUAUAUUUGCCAUCGGUCUCGUUCUGGCUCGUGUCUUCAAAGUACAGCUUGUAGACGUAUUCCCGGGAGUGUAAUAUUCCUGGAACUUUUUCAUAGAGCGCUGUAGUUAAUAAGAGUGUGGAUAUACUUAAUCAAUGUUGUUCAUUAAUGUAUAUAAAGAAAAUUGUUGCUCUGUAAGAAAAUAUUUUGUCUUCUUAUAAUGCAUUUAUAAUAAAAUGUGUAUAGAAUAUAGAGAAAA